CACCGUUUUUUUUACUGCGUAAAGUGUGUCGGAGAGCGGGAAGAAGAGGGGCGCGCGGGUGUCAGUUGAGAGUGGGGCUGGCCGCUGUACGGAGGCUGCCUGGGAACUGAAUGGCAGUGAAGAAAUGUGGAGCUUCUGCGCCUUUGUGGAAGGCAGAAGAGCCGCUUAUUAAAUAAAUAAGUUCGCGCAGCUCCCGCUCCGUCCGAUGACACCGAAUCGCGGCUUUUCGGACCGAACCGCCUCUCAUAUUCGGAACAAAAGCGAUGCGUAGCAGUUGGCGGAGGCUUGUCUGCUAGUGGCAGACAGUUUAAAUCACCGUGUGAUCACUAACUAGCUAGUUGAGACGCUUGUUAGCUAAAAUAGCUCGAUGUCGCCGCGAACGAGUCGAGAGAGACGAAGCUCGCGCGCGGUUCGCACUUUUCUGUUUCCGUGUCGGGAUUCUGUCGUGUCGCAGAAGCCCGUCCGCCCUCGUGUCGUCCAAAAGGCGGCUUUUUUUUCUCUCCCCCUAGCAUGGGACGUGGUAAAGUUAGCCGAGCUAACUCGACUGACAUGGCGAGCCGUGAUCAUGGCGACGUGACUCGGCGGCUGUGGGAGCGGAGCGGGAAGUGAAGGGACUGCCCUCCGCGGGGCUUUUUUUUUCUAUCCUCUAGUACCGUCGGUCUGGAACCGGCGGGGAUUCGGAGCUUACAUUUGGCGGACGCUGUUGUUGGCUAAGUUUGUGUCACAUAUUUUGCCCAGAUCCAGGAGGGAGGGGAGGGGAGGAGCAGCAGCGGGGCAGGAGAACGCUUCAGCUAAGAUCGUAAGCCCUUCGAGCUGGACUCCCAGUAAAACCCGGACGGAGAGAUGAAGGCAGCGGACGAGCCUGCCUACCUGACAGUCGGCACAGAUGUCAGCGCCAAGUACAGAGGAGCGUUCUGUGAAGCCAAAAUCAAGACCGUGAAGCGCAUGGUGAAGGUCAAGGUCACUCUGAAAGGUGAGAGCGCGUCUCAGGUGGUGCAGGACGACCAGGUCAAAGGUCCUCUCAGGGUGGGCUCCACCGUGGAGGUGAAGACUAACGAGGGUCUGUGCGGCGAGGCCGUCAUCAGCAAGCUGACAGAUGCCAGCCUGUACACCGUGGUUUUUGACGACGGCGACGAGAAGACUCUUCGCCGGACGUCUCUGUGUCUGAAGGGGGAGAGACACUUUGCAGAGAGUGAGACGUUGGACCAGCUGCCGCUCACAAACCCGGAGCACUUCGGCACGCCGGUCAUCGGGAAGAAGUCAAACCGAGGCGGACGGCGCUCCUCCCAGGCCAUUCUAGAUGAGGAGAACGACACCACAUCCAGUGAGGAAGAAGAGGAGGACAGGAAGAGGCCAAGCGAAGAGCUGCUCGGUCAGAUCUGCAGCAUCGAGAAUGUGGAGGACUCUGCCAGCUGGUUCCUGGCUCUGGUGGUGUCUACCAGCUGCAACGAAGAGCUGCAGGUGAAGAAGGAUCAGUGUCUGGUCAGGUCUUUCGACGAUGGGAAGUUCUGCAUCGUGGCGAGAAGACACGUCCACGUGGUGACCGCCAUCAGCAUCUCCAAGGCUCAGUUCCUAAACCGGAGAGGUCUCAAAGAGGCCCAGAUGUUUUUGAAGAACGGAGAGAUUCCAGACGUGUGGAAGAUGGAUAUGAGUCAGAUCCUGGACACGUCCUCCAGCGAGGAGGAUGAAAAACAGAGCGAGGAGGACGAUGAGGAGGAGGAAGAGAAGAAGAAACGCAUCAGGGAGGAGCCGGAGGAGGAGGCCGACCCCGAGGAGAGGGACAACUUCCUGCAGCAGCUCUACAAGUUCAUGGAGGACCGAGGAACUCCCAUCAACAAGCCGCCUGUGUUGGGAUACAAAGACCUGAACCUGUUCAAGCUCUUCCGGCUGGUCUAUCAGCAGGGCGGCUGCCACAAGAUCGAGUCCGGCACCGUCUGGAAGCAGAUCUACAUGGAUCUGGGGAUCCCCGUCCUGAACUCUGCUGCCUCUUACAAUGUCAAGACGGCCUACAAGAAGUAUCUGUUUGGUUUCGAGGAGUACUGCCGCUCCGCCUCCAUCGCCUUCAGGACCAUCCAUCACAACGACCCGCCUCCUCCAACUCUAGCCAAUCACAAGAAAGCUCGGGCGGAGCUGAAGGAGCCCUCGGUGCCAACGCUGACAGAGGAGGAGCCUGUCGACGACAAGAGGGAGGAGUCUGAUAGCGAGAGUGAGCGGGAGAUCAGGGAGAGACCGUCGCUGAGGGGGAGGAGGAGGGGAGCCGGGAGCCGCGGCAAACCGCCCUCCAGGCUGGAGUUCGCAGCCAGAGCGGCCGACAGCAGCGAGGAGCAGCAGAGGGAGGCCAGGAGGCGGAGCAACAGGAGAGCGGAAGAUUCAGAGAGGGGCUCCGAGGACGAGGAUGAGGAUGAAGAGGAUGAAGAGGAGGAUGCUGAGGAAGAAGUCAGGAGAGAGGACAGCAGGAGCGGCGACGAGGAGGAUGGAGACUCGCUGGCAGGAACAAAAGUCAGAGUGAAGUACGGAAGAGGAAAGACGCAGAAGAUCUACGAGGCUCACAUCAAGAAGACGGACUCGGACAGCGGAGAACAGUUCUACCUGGUCCACUACUACGGCUGGAACGUCAGGUAUGACGAGUGGGUGAAGGCCGACCGCAUCAUCUGGCCAAGCGAGAAAGGAACGAAGAGGAGGCAAAGGAAGAAGGUGAAGAACAAAGACAAGGACGAGGCAGAGAGGGACGACGAGAAGGUGCCGAUCGCCGCGCCACUAAAACCAACGGGCGCCAAGCGCGGUCGGCCUCAGAGUAGGACCACGCCCACCGGUUCUGCGGGACGCGGCCUGGCCAGACUGUCCGGCGGCGACGGCCAAUCCAAUGGCAGGAGCGCAGGCGACGGCGUGCCCGGCAUCGCUAACGGAGACGACACCCCCCACAGGAGGACCAGGAGGACGUCAGGCGUGUACGACUCCGACAGAGCCUCCGUCGAAGAUUCUGGAAGCUCCUCAAACGACAGCGAAUCAGAGGAAAAGCCUCCGAAGUCUUCACCGUGGCGAGGAAGAGCCGAGAGCGAAUGUGACCAACCGGAGGAGGAGGAGCCUGAAGCGGAGGAGAUGAAAGAGGAGGUGCCUGACACCGAAACACCUGCUAAGAACGAGGUUGCUACGGCAACAUCAACUCCACUGCCAGCAGCCGCCAUAACCCCAAUUAAGGAGGGGUCCGAGGAAAGCCUGGGCCAAUCAGAGAGAGGGGAGGCGGAACAAGGGGAGGAGCCUAUAGGAGAAGCUUCCAUGAUGUCCAGCCAAUCAGACAAGGAGAGCAGAACAUUACCUGCUGUGAAAACGAUGCCCCUCCCCAACAAGAACAAGCUGUCGCCUGGACAGGAAGCUCUCCAUGCGACAUCUCCUAGCAAAGCGCCGGCGCUGCCGCCACCAAACACGCCGCCGCCGCCUGUGUCCUCAAUACCUGCCACCGAUGAGGACAGCCGCUCAGCCCUCACUUCUUCCCCCCGUGUCAGAGGUCGCAAGGCCAACCAAAGGGAGCAAGCCUCUGAGACUCCUCCCACCAUCCCGCUUUGCGCUCUAAGCCCUGCCCCCAUCUUUCCCAGCAGCCCCCCUCAGACCUCUCUGCUGCCGUCUCCCCCUCGAAGCGUCCUGAAGAGACAGGAGGAGCCCAUGGUGGUCCUCCACUGCCUCCCCUCUCAGCACCUCCCCGUCAAGUCACCUGUUCCCAACUCAGACACUGACUCUGCCUCUGAGGAGGAGGCGGAGCCACAGGAGGAGGCACCUCCGGAACAGAGCAGCUGCGCGCUGAAACGAAAAGCUGCAGAGCAAAGAUCUGCAGAGAAGAAGCUGUGCUGCGACGGCAGGUCAGAGGACGCCCCAGUGACCCCCAAGACCACCCCAGGCUCCUCCCCCAAGACCCUCAAUUCACCCCUGCGCCCAGAGAGGAGGAGUGAGGCUGUUGCCAAGGGAGACGAAGCACAGGAGAACUCAGAGGACCGUCUGUCAGCUGGUGAUGAGAAAAGGCCGGAGAGCUGUACUGGGACAGCCCCCACCGUCUCAGGGAUGGUGGCCCCCGCCCCCCACGAAGAGCAGGAACCACAGAUUGGCCCCGAGGCGCUGGUCUGCCACGAGGUAGAUCUGGACGACCCAGACGAGAGGGAAAAGCCCGCCUCCGCUGAAAACCUCCUCCUCCUCAUGAGAGAUCAGCAAGCUCCUCCUCCUCGCCUGUCUGUUCACUCUUCAAGCCCCGCCCAGAUUAGCCCGCCCCCUCUUCAGACUCAAGUCCGAUCGUAUAUCCUAACUCCCACCACCGUCCCCUGCCCAGAAGAGCUGCAGCCGGCAAACACGGGGGCGGAGCCAGCAUUAACGAGGGCGGAGCAAGAGGACGAUUCCAGUCCUGGCUUUACCGGCAGCACCUCGCCGUCGUCCACGUCGCUCGUCUCCCUGCAGGACACCAAAGACAGAGGCCAGAAAAGAGGAAACGAGUGCAACUCCAGUCCGAGCGCCAAGAAACACAAACGCAGCCAAAAACGGCCCAACACCCCCGGCAAGAGCGAGAAGAACGGAGCAGGUCACAGCAGCGACAGCGAGGAUCAGACUCGGGUCUCGUCUCUUUCCAAGUCUCACAAGUCGCGCUGCCCCUCCCUGUCGUCGCCGACCGCUCACGGAAAAGACAAGCAAGGCUUCCCGUCGCCUCAGCGCUCCUACAAGUGGACGCUCCAGCUCGAUGACCUGGACAGCAUGACGAGCGCCGAGAGGAUCUCCUUCCUUCAGGACAAGCUGCAGGAGAUCAGGAAGUACUACAUGAGCCUCAAGUCUGAGGUGGCAUCCAUCGACCGACGCAGGAAGAGGCUGAAGAAGAAGGAGCGAGAAGUUUCAAACACGACAGUGUCGACCUCGUCUGGCUCCUCAGACACCGGCAUGAGUCCGUCCUCUGCCUCACCUGCUCAGAACGCUGUCGCUGUAGAGUGCAGGUGAUGACACGCCCACACGAACCCCACCAGCAGCCCAGUCCCCUCCUGCCACAGACUCCGCCCACAGUCAGCUGCCAGCAUCCCACGAUGCCUGGGACUGACACAGAGGCACAUGGGAUCCUGACCACGCCCACACCUGUGGCCGCACAUGGAGGAGCUGCCGUCUUACCUGUGGACUCAAUUCCAGUUAGGAGGUGCAGUGUGAGCCGCUGCAGAGCUCCGCCCACUUCCUGCAGGUUGCAGGAUAAUCUGACAGAUGAUUUUGUUGCAGCUGUUGAACGCUGGAGGUCAGAACAGAAAAGAAUCCCAAAGUUGUUUUUUUCUUUCAAUCUUUAUUUAAAAAUGUUUUCCAAAAAGGUUUCUGCUUUUAUUUUGGUAAACUCCCCAAAGGAAGUUAAAAGUAGAAUUUCUCAUGUAUUUAAGUUUGAGAAUUUAUCAAUUUAUAAACAGAAAUUUGGUUCUUUUUAUCAAGAGAAGCAGAUUUACUGUCAAACUCCAGGACGCCAUCUUUGAAUUGGUCAGAUUGGCGUUUCAGCUCCAGUUUUCCUUUCAUUUGAACAGCAGCUCGGUGGUCUGAGAAGAUCCACCUGGAUCUUCAUGCACUUAAGCUCCUCCCACAGCCGCUUCUGAAGCCGCCUCCUCCCUGGUUUCUGCUCUGCCUCCCAGACGUUCAGCUCCUCAAGCCGUUUGUUCUGUAAAUAAAGCUCUGAGAAGAGACCACACGUCUACAUUUUUCACACCGGCACAGAAUGAUUUCUAAUAUUUUCUAAGAGAAGACUGUUUGUACUGUAGUCCUAUAAACUCCUCGGUUGUUUUUUUUUUCCUUGUGGUGUUUUUCCGGAAGCGAUUCGAGAGCAAAACUUGUAAAUAGAGAAACGCACAGAAGUGUGUGUGUGCACAAUGAGCAGCUCUCAGUUUCUAAUAAACUUUGUAACCACA